CCAGGUUGUCCCGGUAACGGCGGGCACGCGUGAUCGCGGAAGAGGCCUGUUACCCUUGAAGAAUGGCAGAGGCAGUCUUCCGUGCCCCGAAGAGGAAAAGAAGAGUGUAUGAGAGUUAUGAGUCACCACUGCCCAUCCCCUUUGGUCAGGACCAAGGUCCCAGGAAGGAAUUCCGAAUAUUCCGAGCUGAAAUGAUUAGCAACAAUGUGGUAGUCAGGGGCUUGGAGGACAUGGAGCAGCUGUAUGGAAAGGGCUACUUUGGAAAAGGCAUUCUUUCAAGAAGCCGUCCGAACUUCACAAUCUCCAGUCCCAAGCUGGCUGCCAGAUGGAAAGGUGUGCAGACAGACAUGCCUAUAAUCACCUCAGAGAAGUUUCAGCAUCGAGUGGAAUGGGCCACGGAUUUCAUGCGUAGACAGGGCCACGAUGAGAGCACUGUGCAGAAGACCCUCACAGACUACAUAGAACCACUUGAACUUCCUUGCAGAAAGGGGGAAGAAGAGGCCCCGCGGCAUGACCCGCUGAGUUCUGAGGCCAGCUCCUCCCUGGAAGGCAGAGUGGGAAAGGAUGAACUCUUCGUGACCACUGGAGGUGCUGGGCAGUCAGAUGACCUACAGGGUCUUAACACACACUCACAGGACUGCCUGCAAGAGGGGCCUGGCCAUGCCACACUCACUGUGGCUAGUCCACCUAGCCUUAAUGGACAUGUGAUAGAGGACACCACAGUUCUGCCCCAGGUCCCCAGCCACAGGCAGGAAGUCCUCAUUCCUCAGGAUGGCCUGUGGCCUGAAGACAGCAGCCAGGCAGCAGGAGAGAGGCGGGCUGCUCAUGAGUAUGUCCUCGUAGAGGAAGAGCUGUGUGCUGUCCAGGAGGAGGAGGCGGCCCCAGAAGAGAAGUUGCUGCAAAGAAAGAGACUGGUGUGCAGAAGAAAUCCAUACAGGAUCUUUGAGUGUCUGCAGCUCAGCCUAGAAGAGGCUUUCUUCCUGGCCUACGCCCUGGGAUGUUUAAGUAUUUACUAUGAGAAGGAGCCUUUAACAAUAGUGAAGCUCUGGCAGGCCUUCGCUGCCGUCCAGCCCACCUUCAGGACUACCUACAUGGCCUACCACUACUUCCGAAGCAAAGGCUGGGUACCCAAAGUGGGGCUCAAAUAUGGAACAGAUCUGUUGCUGUAUCGGAAAGGCCCCCCAUUUUACCACGCAAGCUAUUCUGUCAUCGUUGAGCUCGUGGACGACAACUUUGAGGGCUCCCUCCGCAGACCUUUCAGCUGGAAGUCAUUGGCCGCCUUGAGCAGAGUCUCAGGGAACGUCUCUAAGGAGCUGAUGCUGUGCUACCUGAUUAAACCCUCUACCAUGACUAGUGAAGACAUGGAGACCCCAGAAUGCAUGAAGAGGAUUCAAGUUCAGGAGGUGAUUCUCAGCCGAUGGGUUUCUUCACGUGAGAGAAGUGACCAAGAUGAGCUUUGACCUUUCAACCUCGGAGUCUGCCAUUCACCAUAAACUCUGACUGUGUGGUAUCUGUCUUCCCUGAAGGAGCAACAGCAUGUUUGGGGGGUCAUAGUCCCAUGUUCUGUUGCUUUAAAUGGAAAAUCUUCUCCUGUGGCUCAGCUCACCCAAGGACUUGAACCAGUAACCCAAAUAACUGAAAAUCAAUGAUGGUCUGGAAGCCUUGAAAUACUGAGUGACUGAUGCAUUCUCAGUGAACUCAUUAUUUGACAUGUUUGCGUGUUGAACACAAUAUUAUACAGUAUUAGCUAUUUAAUGCAGCUUGCACCAGGUAGAGGUGUCACACACCUUUAAUCCCAGCACUUGGGAGGCAGAAGCAGGCGGAUCUCUGAGUUCAAGUCCAGCCUGGUCUACAAAAAAAAAGUCCAGAAAAAAUUUGUCUUCUUUGGGGAACUUUUUAUAAAAUAAAAAUAAGCAGUGAAGCUUUUGGAAAGAUAUGAAUGCCGUUUACAUCUAGCAGAACAUGACAUCAUUCCCCUCUUCCCAUGGGUUAGAAAGCAGAGAAACUGUUGCCUGAGGGUAGCAUAAGGGCAUCUUAGUCAGUUUUUAUGUUCCUAUAGCAGAAUGCUUAAUACUAAAUAGCACGUAAAGAAAAGGGCUUAUUUGGUUCAUGAUUUUCGUGGCUGGAAAGUCAUGGCACAGGUCUGGCACUUGAUGGCAUCAUGGUAUUCUGGAGAAGUGGAAAGGGGCAUGACCAGUGGGGAUGGGGAUACUGGAACUAACCCAUCCUUAAGAACUGCAUUAACCCUGCAGGCCUCGCUCCUGCCUCACACACGUUAGGCCUCAUGAUCUGAAGAUGAGGUUCAGUAAUGCAGCUCCUCCCUGCCCCAGACUCCCAGCGAGCAUCAGUGGGCUGUACAGACAUGCUUGCUCCCAGUUCAGUUUUGCUGACUUUUUUUUUUUUUUUUUUUUUUUUUUAGCAUUUUUACCAUCAUGUGCUUCCCCCAGGCUCCUGAGCAGAAAUUUCUUGUGGUUUCUUGUUGUUUUGAGUCAUCAAUUUUCAGAACUUUUAAAGUCAGCCGAAAGUUUGAGAAGCCGCUUCACUUAUUUCAUUUAGUCUUGCACAGGGCUUGGAUGUACUGCAGUCUGAACUCUUCCAAGAACACUUCACCCAGUGCUGUCGCCUGUCUCAUGCCAUCUCAGGUGCCUUGAAGGGUGAGUGUGCCCCCAAGUAUACAGACUUCAGUAACUGUGUGGUAUGGAAAGCCCAGGAGACCACAGGUACCACUUGUCACUGAAAGCCGUGGAAAAGCAUCUUGAACUGGGGCACAGUGGGGGGCAAAGUGAGGCCUUGGGUUUGGUGCCACCACUGGGGAAGGGGAGGGGAAAGCAGCGUUGCAGAGACGCUGUUCUCUUGCGUGGUUUGGCUGGGGCUGUGGGGACUCAGGCCUUGCCCGUGCUAGGUCAGAGUUUACGGCUGAUAGGUCCCCAACCCCAGAAGCAGUGUGUCUAAUCAAGCCUGUGUGGAGAUGUUUCUUCUUUGCAUGGUUGACUUGGACAUGUAUAGCAAACCACAUGCUCUUCUGCAUUACCAUAGAGCCCUUGGGGUACUGGACUGAAAUACAGGCAGAGCUGUUGAUUCAGUACCACCUGUGGCCUCCAGCCAAUACCUGUGUUAGCUUACCCUUGGAGGGCUUGUGCCCUUCUGAAACAUGUGCAAGACAAGACAUUUGUUUUAAAAGCCCAAGUUCAUCAAGAUUAGAAAUUUGCCCUGUGGGGCUGGAGAGAUGGCUCAGUGGUUAAGAGCACUGGCUGCUCUUCCAGAGGUCCUGAGUUCAAUCCCCAGCAACCACAUGGUGGCUCACAACUAUCCAUAAUGAGAUCUGGUGCCCCCUUCUGGCCUGCAGGCAGAACAUUGUAUACAUAAUAAAUAAAUAAAUCUUUAAAAAAAAAGAAAAAAAAGAAAUUUGCCCUGUGACAAAGCCGCUUCGGGACUUUGACAAGUGUGAUGCCAUGGCCUAACUCAGCAGAGUUGUCUUUCCAUACCUUCCGAGCCUCAGGCUCACAGGAGUCUCGUGCAGAUGAACUUUUACACAGAAAUAAAUGCCUCAGGGUUGAAGAUCAGAGGACUUGAAGGAGUCAGUUCUCUCCUUCCAUCAUGUGGAUCACAGGGAUUAAUCUCUGGUCAUUAAGAUUAGCCACAAGUGGCCUUGCCUCCUAAACUCCACCAGCCCAGAUGUUUAACCCACCAGUUUAUCUUAAAUAAUUGUUGUUUUGUAAAGUACUAGAAGGUUUAAAAGCAGGUUGACCAUUGUACAAAAUACAGGGUCUCCCACCUAAAAAUACAUAAUGGGGAAAAAAGCAUUUGUAAACCUGUUAAAGUAAUGGCUGGCGUAUAUAUUUCCUUUAUGUGAAAGGCUUCUAGCAGCUUGAAAAAUUGGCAUCUUCGUGUGAAUUUUUGAGGGCAGGGGAUACAG